GGGUGUUGUUAAUGAGAAUCACACUCUUUCUCUUGGUCUUCACUGACAGGUGUGGAGUUUGGGGCCCUAUGGUCAACACUGAUGGAAAACAAAUCAAACUUCAAAUCUGGGAUAUGGCUGGGCAAGAGUACUUCUGUUCUAUCACCCAUUUCUUCUACAGAGGAGCAACUAGAGCACUGCUCGUCUAUGACAUUACUAGGCAUGAAACUUCCAACCACCUGACCUCAUGGUUAGAGGAUGCCCGGCUGUACUCCUGCUCCAACAUGGUCAUCAUGCUGGUUGGGAAUAAGAGUGACCUAGAGUCCCACAGAGAUGUGAAGAGAGAAGAAGCAGAGGCCUUUGCUCGGUAGCAUGAACACAUUAUGGAGACCAAAACACCCUGCAAUGUUGAAGAGGCCUUCAUUAAUACAGCCAAAGAAAUAUAUAGGAAGAUCAAGCAAGGUUUAUUUGAUGUCCACAGUGAGGCAAAUGGUGUCAAAAUUGGGCCUCAGCAGCCUAAUUCAGCAUCAGUGGGACCCUGCGCCUCUCAGCAAGCUCGUGACUUAGAAUACGACUCUGGCUGUUGCUAA